GCAGUGUGCAACAGCACGCCUCAACUACUAUCUCUCACUUGGGGGUCUGAUGAGCUCCGGAAAGAUAUUUGCACUUGCAGAAGAGCUGAAUAGCGUACAGACAUGAAAGCUCCUUCUGUGUACGUGGUCGACAGCCGUGCUACCGCCCCUCCGCUACCACCCCGAGCAGCCCCUCCAAGGACUGGAAACCUGGCUCAGAGCCUUCUUUUCCUGCUGGUGAGCUUAGCCUUGGGUGGGGUCAUACUGGAGGCUGUGCUGAUCUUCUAUCUCCACUCAAGUCAACGUGAACAAACAUCAGCUUCCUUCUCCAGGCUCACCGCAGAAAAACUUCAAUCCCUCCACUCUUCCAGCCCUGAGGUUCCUCAUUCUAAACCAGCGGCACUUCUGAUGGAUGGACCAGAUGUUCUUCACGACAAAGCCAUCCUGGGCUGGAGCGCCAUUGCGGACCCCCUCCUCCACCAGAUGGACUACAAGAACAGAAGUCUGGUUAUCCGCAAAGACGGUUACUACUUUAUCUACUCCAAAGUGUUUUUCGUGGACGUGGGAGUGUUCCACCACACCAUGCACUCUCUCAGGGAUGACGAGGAGAGCAUCCCGCUCUUGCAAUCCAGGACGUAUUCCACAAAGACGGAGAAGAAAUCCAACAGCUUCUUGGGUGGAGUCUUCCACCUCCAUAAACGUGAUGCCGUUUUCGUCAAAGUGAGCGACUCCUCCAAAGUAGUACGCCACAAAGCUUACGAGAACGUCUUUGGUGCGUUCAUGAUCUAGAACACGAGUGUCCAAAGUUUACCAACGAAGGGCCACAUUCUGAAUUAUUAAAGGACGCAAGGGACUCAUAUUUCAUGAAUCAAAACAGGUAGAUAAGCUAAGUCGUGAUAUACAAUCAUGGAAAAAUGAUUAGACCAGGCUUGUUUCUU